AUGUGGCGUAUUCCCGUUAUCGUGGCGUUGGUCGCCGGGUUGCUGUACUGGGUACGGAAGCAGGGUUCCCAGCCCAGUCGCAAGAUCCCCCAGCCCCGGAUCGGCCUGCCGGUUGUUGGUGAUGCACACGCCUUUGGAAAGUCGCCGAUAUCAUACAUCCGACAAGCUACGGCACGAUGUGGGCCUGUAUUUCAAAUCAAUCUCCUUUUGACCAAGAUCGUUAUGCUCCGUGGCGCCCAGCUAAAUCGGUUCUAUCUGGACACGCGUGAGGAGGUCUGGUCGUUUGGGGAUGGCAUGGGUCUUUUCCUAGAGAAAGUCGUUGUUCCCGGAUACCUAUCCCACCUCAAGGAGAUGGUGAGCUCGCUCAAUCGAGGCGUAAUUCGCUCAAUUGCCUUGGAACAUUAUACGCGCAUCGCCGGGGAAGAAGCACGCAAGAUUGCAACUAACUGGGCCGAGAAACCGGACAUCGAGGUCUUCGAACAGAUGUCUCGCUAUACGCACCGGGUGAUCGUGCGGUGCUUGAUGGGACAGGACUUUUACGAUCACCACCUCGACGAGCUGCUUGAUCUUCUCCACCGUAUGGAAGCAGAUAUCGGUCAUCCCUUUCACUUCCUGCUGCCCAACUGGGUUCCUCACGGCCCAGCUCGUCGUCUCCAUCAUGCCCGCGAUCGGAUGGCGGCGAUUUUUAACGAGCGGCUGCAGGCGCGCGAGCAGAAUCCAGAAAAGUGGCAGGACUCGCUCGAUUACAUUGCCUACACCCUCAAGGAUAGCCGCACAGCGCACCUGCGUCAGUAUUUUGCUGCGCACCAUACCUUGCUCAUGUUUGCAGCUCAUACUAGUACUGUAGCGAGUAUUGCAUGGACGGUGCUAGAGCUGCUCCGCAAUCCUACGCAUCUUGAGGCGCUGAAAACAGCCUUGGCAACUGAUGCGGACAUUCACCGGUCUCCUACAUUGAUUGCCACGCUUAAAGAGACGAGCCGACGGUAUUCUGGAGUGAACAUGAUCCGCUGGGCCCGGCAACCGCACCAACUACCCGCCGAUGCUGCUCCCGGAAAGGGAAACAUUGUGGUCCCCGAAAACUGCAUUGUGUCGAUUUCACCCUAUCUGACCCAUCAUGACCCAGAGACGUAUGCUGAUCCGCAUAUCUGGGAUCCGACAAGGUGGCUGGAGGGCGGUAGGCUGAGCGAGACGCAGAAGAGCAAUCGAUCGGAGGUGACUUAUUUCCCGUUCGGGGCGGGAUGUCAUCGAUGCCCUGGGGAGCAGAUGGCGGGGAUGAUUGCGCGGGAGAUGGUGGCUCACAUGGUGAAAACAUAUGACGUUCGUUGGUCGAGCACUGGGCCGCCUGAAGACUUUGAGCAACUGGAUUUCUCUAGGGUCGGUAGUGCGUGGUUGAAGGGAGAUGCGAGGGUGACUGUGAAGCGAGAUAAGCAGGGAAUGGAGGAAGCAUGA